AUGGCUAAAGCACCAAAGAAGAAAUUUUCAACUGCAUCUAACCCUACUGCUAAUAAAGUUGCAGCUGAAAAACAUUUGAAUUCAGUAUUUAAAUUCAACACUAAUUUAGGUCAACAUAUUUUGAAAAACCCAUUAGUGGCCCAAGGAAUUGUUGAUAAAGCUCAAAUUAAACCUAGUGAUAUAGUAUUGGAAGUAGGUCCUGGUACUGGUAAUUUGACGGUUCGUAUUCUAGAAAAAGCUCGGAAAGUUAUUGCUGUGGAAAUGGAUCCAAGAAUGGCAGCGGAAUUAACUAAAAGAGUUCAUGGAACACCUCAAGAAAAGAAAUUGGAAAUUCUAUUAGGAGAUUUCAUGAAAACUGAUUUACCGUAUUUUGAUAUUUGUAUAUCCAAUACUCCUUAUCAAAUAUCAUCACCACUUGUAUUCAAAUUAUUAAAUCAACCUAGACCACCAAGAGUAUCGAUUUUAAUGUUUCAAAGAGAAUUUGCUCAAAGAUUAGUGGCCAGGCCCGGUGAAGAAUUAUAUUGUCGAUUAUCAGCAAAUGUUCAAAUGUGGGCAAAUGUUACUCAUAUAAUGAAAGUAGGGAAAAACAAUUUCCGACCACCACCACAAGUUGAAUCUAGUGUGGUUAGAAUAGAAAUUAAAAAUCCUAGACCUAAUAUUGAUUUUAAUGAAUGGGAUGGAUUAUUAAGAAUUGUUUUUGUAAGGAAAAAUAAAACUAUAGCGGCCGGGUUCAAAUCUUCUAAUGUGAUUGAAAUUUUGGAAAAAAAUUAUAAAACUUUUUUGGCAACUCAAGAAAGUAAUAAUAAUGAUUCUAUGAUGGUAGAUGAUAAAUCAAUUUCUUUGAAAGAUGUUGUUAAAAAUAAAAUUACUACUGUUUUGACUGAAACUGGGUUUUCCGAUAAAAGAGCCGGUAAAUUGGAUCAAACUGAUUUCUUAAAAUUGUUAUACGCAUUUCAUCAAGUAGGUAUUCAUUUUGCAUAA